AUGAGUGAUAUCAAUAAUGAUGAAUUCAACAACAUGGAACGAGAAACCACACCCCUCUUGACAAGGGAAGACGUUGCUAAUAUUAUCAAAGAAUUUGAAAAACAAAAAGAUGAACAAAGGGAAAACAGUUACAGAGGAAAAGACCUCCCAGAAAGGAUCAGAGAGAUUUUGGACGAGACACCAACCUCUGAUCUCAAAGACGAUAUCAAACGUUUUAAGAGAUGCAUCCCUAAGUAUAAUCACGGCGAAUGGACCAGUACUCCACAAAUCAACAAGGAGUUCACCAACGACCUCAAGAGGUGGAAAGUCGACUCCCACCAAGUCGUCACAGCAACCAGUAGACAUGCAGAUGAAGCACGAGUCCAAGCAAGAACAUCGACUGAGAUCUAUGAACUUUUGGAGUCUAUCAAAGAGAAAUAUAUCUUUGCUGACGAAGGAACAAAGCAAAUCUUCAUGGAUGCUAUGUCCCAAGCAGAACGUGCAGCAGUCUUUGGAUUUUCCCAUGCAAGAGACUUGGAUCACGAAGCAAAAGAGCUUAGUGCCAAAGCGCUUAGACUACCUGCAAGUCUUAGACAUUUGGAACAAGAAGAGGAUGCUAGAAAAUCCAACAUCUUUGACACUGAAUUUUACUUUCAAGCGCUGCAAACAACAACACCUACAAUAACAGAGGAAGAGGAUACAGUAACAGAGGCUAUGGAAGAGGAUCGAGACCUUUUAACAGAUACCAACAUGGAAAUUUUCAGCCCAGAGGACGAGGUCGUGGAACAUUCGGAACCUCAACAACCAAUCAGCCUUCCACAAACAACUAUACCGACAAUACAACAAGCCAGCAAUAAAAGUAACACUGUUGAAUCACAUGGACUUAACCAAUCAGAGAGCCGAACCAUCAUUCACUACACCAACAUCACCAGCUACCACACCACUAACAAUAUCAUCACUAACAACACCGGAAACCACCUUAUCCCAAACAACAACUUCAACACAUUUAGUACCAACACAAGUACCUCUGACGCCAACACCCCAGUUAGUCAACACGACACAGGUAAACUAUACGAUACCAGAGGAUGGUUUCUUACCAGGUGGCCGUAUUACAAAUUUCUUGAAAAAUUGGAAAAAGAUUACUUCUCAUCCUUGGCCCUUACACAUAGUAGAAGAAGGAUACAAAAUUCAGUUUAUCACCAACCCAGUUCCAUGGAGAACAGUGCAACAUCCAGUCAACCAAGUGGAGCAACAGGAGACGAAACUAGCAGUGGAAAAAAAUUUGACAGCAGGAAUUAUAGAGAAAUGCAAGAAUCCAGCAUUUUCAAACCAAUUCCUGUCAAAGUUCUUCACAAUUCAAGAACCAACAAAGAGAUGUCCAAUUCUCGAUUGCAAGAAAUUAAGUCAAUUCAUUCAGGUUCAGCACUUCAAGAUGGAAGGGGUACAAGCGCUGAGAGAGUUAAUCGAAAAAGGAGAUUUCAUCCUCCCAGGAUUUUUUCAAAGCUACUAAGGUACGCUUUAGAACCAAUCAGAAGAGAAGGGAUACGGCUAGUAUACAGUGGUUACAUUAAGUGUCCCAUAAAACCUGUUUUUUUACCCUUCUCUACAAAAACUCCGUUGAUCCUUCUGAAACUUGGCACAUAG